CCUUCACCCACAAAGUUUACGCGCCUCACACAAUGCUGUUGUUUUUUGCAAACUAAAAACCAUUAAAAGGACGUGACUAUAAGGGGAAUCACGUAUGCUCAGAGCUCGUUUGACCGUGUACACACUUCCUAUAACACGAUACCAUAGAAAAAUUUUAAGCACGAAUGUGAACAGUGAAAACUUUUGAACGAAAUUUUGGCAAUGGCAUUACUUGUAAAGAUUCUGGCUAUAGCGAGCCUGAUGUUAUAUAACAAAGGUAUCCAAUCGGCAACUAGAGUUAAAAGACUCAGUUUAGCAGAACCAAUGCCGAUACAUUAUUAUGGACAAGGCAAUCCAGGAGCUUAUUCUUUCGGAUAUGAUGUGUCCGAUCCAGAUACAGGUAACGUCCAGUAUCGAAAGGAGGAACGAUUUCCAAAUGGUACUGUCGUGGGUAGUUAUGGAUACCUGGAUCCCUUUGGACGUACGCGUCGCUAUCAAUAUGUAGCUGAUGAAUAUGGCUACAGGGUCAUCAGCAACACACCGAUGGACGAUAAAUUUCACAUAGUCAACGGUCAAAAAGCAAGUACUGAAUCUUCUGUCACUUGGACGCGUCCCGCUAAGAAAAAGAAGAAAACGCAAGAAACAACAAAUGUUUUAAACUUGCUAACAAAUAACAAGUAUUUACACCUGAAACCUCCAAGUUAUUAUGCUAUCGAGUAAAGAUAUAUGUAGAAGAAGAGUAAUAAAAA